CUGUUCGGCCUUUUCAGCUGAGCGUGUCCGUCCGGCUGCACUGACAUCCAGCGCCUCCUCGAACACCGACACAAUCUGACAAAAUGAUCAUCUACAAGGACAUCAUCUCCGGAGAUGAGAUGUUCUCGGACAUCUACAAAAUCAAAGAGUCUGAAAACGGAAUAAUGAUCGAAGUCGAGGGAAAGAUGGUCACCAGAUCAGAGGGCAACAUCGAGGAUUCGCUGAUCGGCGGCAACGCGUCCUCAGAGGUCCAGGCCGAGACCUGCGACUCGACAACAGUCAGCGGCGUGGACAUCGUCCUCAACCACAAGCUCCAGGAAACCAGCUAUGACAAGAAGUCUUAUGCAGUCUACAUCAAGGACUACAUGAAGACGCUGAGGGCCAAACUGGAGGAAAGGUCUCCUGAGCGGGUACAGCCUUUCAUGGUUAACGUUCAAGCUGAGGUCAAGAAAAUUCUAGGCAACAUCAAGAACUUCCAGUUUUUCACAGGUGAAUCCAUGAACGUGGACGGCAUGGUCGGUCUGCUCGACUUCCGCGAGGACGGAUUGACGCCGUACAUGCUCUUCUUCAAAGACGGGCUCGAGAUUGAGAAAUGCUAAACUCCCCUGCUCAUGUCCCUGACUGCUUCUCCUCAUCAGCGGGUGGCCGUGAAAGCUUUUUGGAUCAGAUCACUCAUUCCUCUCAACACCAUCAGGAUCAGGACCAGAGGCUCUUUUAAACCUCAUCCCUCCUCCUCCUCUUCCUCGUGCACGGCCACCGCUUCGAUUCCUCUAUCCGUGUCCAUGCAGAAGAACUCAAAACCCCUCCGCACGCCAGCUCGGUGGGGGUGAACAGUAUUUUAGUGAGCUGGAUCACACCAGAGAGCUUUGCAUUGUCAGGGGAAGACAUGAUGCAGUUCACAUCAGGCUUUAUUUUUUAAUUUAAACACAGUUUUGACUGCCUGGGAAUUGGUUUUGCUGUGUGCAUGUCAGCGCUCAGAUGGCAGUUGUACAGGUAUUAUUCUCUCUCCCCCACCCCUCCCCCCCACCCACUCAUCAUCUCCAAAUCAUGGGAUUGUAAAGGAUUUCUUGGCACUAUUUGUCAAAUAAAUAGUCAAGCUGCUGGCUAAAGGUG